UUCUAUUUCGUCUUUUCUAUGAUUCUUUUCAACGCAAGGCGAACUGUAGAGAUAUGUCUUCUCAGCUCGAGAUCUUCGUGAGGGCUCUCUCUCGCCUGUUAGGAUGGAUAUAGUAUGUGACUGCGUGCUUCCAAGUCAAUAUGGGGCAGACAUAUCUCCUGAGAGGCUUCUAUCCCCAAAUACUGCCGGUUGCUGACCUAAUGACCAAGUAUGUUCUGCUGGUCGGCAUCCUUUUAUCCCCAGCCGAUCAGUAACUUUCGACGACGUUCAACAGUCGGUUUGGCCAUUGACUUUCCCACCAUCAACGUCCUGGGCUUCGUCUGCUACACAGCAUAUACAUCUGCCUUUCUUUACUCUCCUGUGAUCCGGCGGCAAUAUGCUGCCCGUCACCCUUCGGAUGAGGAGUCGACAGUGCGCUUCAACGACUUUGCCUUUGCCUCGCAUGCUGUCAUCCUCAGCACGUUAGUUUACACACAAUUUUGGCCUAAGAUCUGGGGUUUCAAAGUCUCUCGCUUCCAGACCGUUAGUAAACCGGUUCUUGGCCUCUUCUGGGGCUCCAUUGCAGCGAUAGCUAUAGUAGUUUGCGUUGUUUUGGUUAAGAGCCCUGACGGAGGAUAUGACCCAUCCACCUGGGCAUGGAUCGACGUGAUUUACGCUUUGUCCUACGUGAAGUUGAUCAUCACCAUUGUGAAAUAUGUCCCUCAAGCAUGGGUCAAUUAUAAAAGAAAGUCCACAGAGGGGUGGAGUAUCUCCCAGAUACUUUUCGACUUGACUGGUGGGGUCCUUUCCCUUCUGCAACUAGUUUUGGAUUCUUCGUUUCAGAGCGACUGGAGUGGUAUUACCGGAAACCCCGUGAAGUUCUUAUUGUCAAACGUGACCAUUCUGUUCGAUUUGGUCUUUAUUGUGCAGCACUAUAUCCUUUACAGAGACUCCAUGGAAGGCAAGAUCAGUCGCCAUCCGGACCUUGUCACUCCCCUAUUGUCGGACCCAAGAGGUGCUAGCGCUUGACCAUUUUCUACUUGAUAUAUACCUACAUAUUAUGCUCCUUUAGACAAUAGCUCUACCGUACUUGCUCCCUUUGAACCUGCUUGGACCCGU